AAGGAAAACGAUAAGGUGCAACAAGGAAAACGACAAGUUGGAUUUAAUGCAAUGACCUUAAAUGAUGCGGUUAACAUUUCGUCGGCGUAUAAGUCAUACCAGGAUGGAUUCCCUGUUUUGUCUGGGUUAUCGAUGCAUGUGGAGAAAAGCAUUAUUUACGGACUUCUCGGAGCUAGUGGAUGCGGCAAAACCACGCUGCUUAAUUGCAUAUUGGGCCUGACAAGAUUGGAUUCUGGCCAUAUUUCUGUAAUGGGUAGAAAUCCUGACACUAAAUCUGUAAAUAUUGGUCACAUGCCACAGGAUGUCGCCUUAUACCCGUUAAAGAUAAGUGAGAUUUUUCAAUAUUUUGGGAAACUAUUGGGACUAACUGAUCCAGAAAUACUGACCCGAAGUAAAGAACUAAAAGUCGUAGUAGAUUUAAGUGAUUUAAAUCAAUACGUUUCAACCCUCAGCGGAGGGCAGCGUCGCCGCGUCUCGCUCGCAGUGGGUUUGAUUAAUCAACCAAAAUUACUGAUUUUGGAUGAACCAACCGUAGGGAUUGAUCCUUUGUUAAGAGAAUCAAUAUGGGAUUACUUGUCCAGUUUGGCAGCUACCUUGGGGACCACAAUUAUUGUAACUACGCAUUACACCGAAGAAGCUCGAAGAUUUAACAAGAUACAUCUCAAUGACACUAUUGCUACCCUUGAUGCAGGCGGUUGUUACAUUUUACACAAUUGGAAGACAUCCAGUUGGACAAAUUUUAGCCGUGUCAAACCAAGAAGGAAGUUGUCACCAUGGAGUUCAGUCUAAAAUAAGGGCACAACUUGAGCAUCCCUGGAGUUGCGGUUUCUUAGAAGAAAUUAUGAACGACACGGAGCAAAGGAUUUUUCUGAAAGUCUACGAAUCCAAGGAAGCGGCCAGACAUUCUGUCGAAAUUGGAGAUACGAUUGGAUUCAUGCAUUUUCCAAUAAAUUUUUCCCAACACAAUUUAAAUCGCUUGGCUUUUCACCGCUUCGCUGCAAGUGAGGAUUUAGUCGGAAGCACGGUCCAAAUAUCACUCGAUAUGACAA